UUGAGGUAGAAUACAGUCAAAACAAGAGCGGAUGUUCCUCUUAGCGAUUUUAAGCAGGUUUUGUUUGUCAUAUUUUAAGCCAAUACGUUUUAUAGUCGUAGCGCAGUCUCUGAGAGAAGUUAGCUAAUUUACCUCUCGUGUCAUAUUUACAUAGCGCCCCUGUCUGUCAGCCGGAAGUGAGAAAAGCGGACGAUUCAUUCUUGUGUCGCUCCCAGUAGUCCAGUAUGGCUUCUCGGAAAAAGGUGCUGCUAAAAGUGAUAAUCCUGGGAGACUCUGGGGUGGGGAAGACCUCUCUCAUGAACCAGUAUGUCAAUAAAAAGUUCAGCAACCAGUACAAGGCCACAAUUGGUGCUGACUUCCUGACCAAAGAGGUGAUGGUGGAUGACAGGCUGGUCACUAUGCAGAUCUGGGACACAGCUGGGCAGGAACGGUUCCAGUCGCUGGGUGUGGCAUUCUACCGUGGUGCAGACUGCUGUGUACUGGUGUACGACGUGACCGCGCCCAACACCUUCAAGACUCUGGACAGCUGGAGAGACGAGUUUCUGAUCCAAGCCAGCCCCCGUGACCCGGAGAAUUUCCCCUUCGUAGUGCUAGGCAACAAGAUUGAUCUUGAGAACCGACAGGUGACAACGAAGCGAGCCCAGGCAUGGUGUCAAAGCAAGAGCAAUAUCCCAUAUUUUGAGACCAGCGCCAAAGAGGCCAUCAAUGUAGACCAAGCUUUCCAGACAAUCGCCCGUAAUGCCCUCAAACAGGAGUCAGAGGUGGAGACGUACGACUUCCCAGAUCAGAUCAAACUAAGGGACGACAAACCAGCCUCCUCCAACGAUGGCUGCAGCUGCUGAGUGAGGGUGUGGAUCAGAGGGAGAUAGAGAAUGGGAGAGGGAGAGAGAGAAAUACUGUAAGAGGAAGGGCAAGUUUACAGGUGGACAUCCCUGACAUUUUCUUUACUUUCGCCAUGUGUAAGAUUUCCAGGUGAAAGAACACAUGAAGGAUUCAGACAACUAUUUUUUUUUUUCCCCGAUCCUCAGAUGGUUUGGUAAGAAUUGAAACAAGGCAGAAACAGACACUCACAUGCACAGCACUCACCUGCUAAGCAUUACUUUCGAGAUUAUGACCUAUGAAAAUGUCGAUACCAGUUCCAAUCACAAUUUUUUAUAUUACAAAUACUUUUCUCUGUAAUCUUACUGGAUAGCUUUUCUGAUUUUUAAUUUUAUUUUUAUCACUCAUGCUGUACUGCAUCAUUGUGUCUAGGAGGCAGCCAUGCAAACGACAGUGUCUUAUCAUGGAGUGUCUUUCUAUCUCUCCCUCAUCAGUGUGCCUUCCAUCUUUCUAGUUCUGAGUGUUUGUUUUUCUGUGUUGGAUGUGUUUUGUUGUCAUGGCUGGCAGGACUGUGAUUCCCUGAUAAAGUGCUUUGCUUCACCUGUAGAUUUCCAGCAGUAUGCACUACAGUAAUUCAAUCCCUGUUUAGUCAGAUCAAACAUACACAUCCCAUGCUGUAAAACCAUACAAUCAGCAGGUAAGAGAACAAAUAUCUAACAGCCCUAAUGGUCUUUUGAGCUUCUUUCCUGAGCAUUAUCAGGAGUGUAGUGAACAGGUGAAGAUGGUGUAUAUACACUACUAGAGUGCAGUGCUGGAAGACCACUGCAGGAGGAAAUGGAAGUAAAAGGCUGAUGGGGGGUGUAAAGGAGGGCGAUCCAGUGGAGGCAAUCUUACUCAUGACCCAGGAAACUAAAAUAAGACACUUUGUGUUUAAAAUUGCCCAAAGUGGACAGACCUGCACCAGUACAGCCCAAAGUGACACAAGUAGUACAAGUCAAUGAGACUGGCUCAUAGGAAUCAUGUAUGCUUUGUGUCCCAUCUGCUGGAGAGUGCAGCCUGUCUGUUUCCACACCUCAGCUUUCCUCCACUAUGUCUUUUCAGCCACAUCUGUGUGCUUUACCUCAGUCAAGACCACGAAGGAAUCGAAUUUAGGUUCUUACAAUUCUAUCUUAUUCAGGAUUGCUCAAUGCUGUGCUGCUCAGUGUGUGAGCCCAUGGCUAGGUGAUCCCAUAAUGCAUGAUUUAGCUGCGCACCAACAUGUAAUACGUGACUGACUUGAGCAGAGCCUGAGAUAGGACAAAUAAGACAUACAUGCUGCUGUUGUUGGCAUUGUCGUAGUAGAGAGUGCAGGCCUGACUGUACCCCACACACACGAACACACACAGCCUGUCCUCCUCUCUUGUCUUUAUU